AUGGGCAUCUGUUUUUCCACCAAAAAAGGGAGCGCCCCUUCCACCACCACCACCGGCAACGUCCACCAGCAGAACCGCCGCUCCUCCGCCACAUCUAAGCCAUCAUCCUUCAAGACAACAUUUACUGCUUCAUCAAAAAAGCAAGAGGGGUCACAAAAUAAUAAUCUUAAGACAAGAGACAAUCAUAAAAACCAACAACAACAGAAACGUUCUCAUAAGAUAAUCAAGAAUAGUUCAAAAAGUACAAGUGGGGCCAUUCCAUGUGGCAAAAGAACAAAUUUUGGGUAUGAUAAGGAUUUUGUGAAAAAGUACAACAUCGGGAAAUUGUUAGGACAUGGCCAAUUUGGUUACACAUAUGUUGCAAUUGAUAAGUCCAAUGGAGAUCGUGUUGCUGUCAAGAGAAUAGAGAAGAACAAGAUGGUUCUUCCAAUAGCUGUUGAGGAUGUGAAGAGAGAAGUGAAGAUAUUGAAAGCUUUAGCUGGUCAUGAGAAUGUUGUUCACUUCUAUAAUGCUUUUGAAGAUGAUUCUUUUGUUUACAUUGUCAUGGAGUUAUGUGAGGGUGGAGAGCUGCUUGACCGUAUCUUAUCCAAAAAAGAUAGUCGUUACACUGAGAAAGAUGCAGCAAUUGUUGUGAGGCAGAUGCUCAAAGUUGCUGCAGAGUGCCAUCUACAUGGUUUUGUACACCGUGAUAUGAAGCCUGAGAACUUCCUAUUUAAGUCCCCAAAAGAGGAUUCACAUCUAAAAGCUACGGAUUUUGGUCUUUCAGACUUUAUAAGACCAGGAAAGAAAUUCCAAGACAUAGUUGGGAGUGCAUAUUAUGUAGCUCCAGAGGUAUUGAGGCGUAAAUCUGGUGCUGAAUCAGAUGUAUGGAGCAUUGGUGUUAUUACUUACAUUUUGCUCUGCGGCCGCCGUCCCUUCUGGGACAAAACUGAGGAUGGCAUUUUUAAGGAGGUUUUGAAGAACAAGCCUGACUUUCGGCGGAAACCAUGGCCAGGGAUAAGCAAUGCUGCUAAAGAUUUUGUGAACAAGUUACUUGUUAAAGAUCCUCGUGCAAGGCUUACUGCUGCCCAGGCUUUAUCACAUCCUUGGGUUAGAGAAGGUGGUGAAGCUUUAGAGAUUCCUCUUGACAUUUCAGUUCUAUCUAAUAUGCGCCAAUUUGUUAAAUACAGCCGUUUUAAGCAGUUUGCACUUCGGGCAUUGGCUAGCACAAUUGACGAGGAGGAGCUGGCUGAUCUUCGAGAUCAAUUUGAUGCAAUUGACGUCGAUAAAAAUGGCUCCAUUAGUCUUGAUGAAAUGAGACAGGCCUUGGAGAAGGAUCUUCCAUGGAAAAUGAAGGACUCCCGAGUUGUUGAAAUCCUUCAAGCGAUUGAUAGCAACACAGAUGGACUUGUAGAUUUCUCAGAGUUUGUAGCAGCUACAAUUCAUGUCCAUCAAUUGGAGGAGCAUAAUUCCGAAAAGUGGCAGCAGAGAUCACUGGCUGCUUUUCAGAAAUUUGAUGUCGAUAGAGAUGGAUUUAUAACUCCACACGAACUUAAAAUGCACACAGGUCUGAAGGGUUCGAUAGAUCCACUUCUAGAAGAAGCAGAUAUUGAUAAAGAUGGAAGGAUUAGCUUACAUGAAUUCCGUAGACUUUUAAGAACUGCUAGUAUGAGUUCACGAGGAGGUGUGUCUACCUAGUAGCUUCUUCAAAUCCAUGUUCACAAUACACGCACUUGUUUCAAUAAUUAUAUUAAUUAAUAUUGA